AUGCAUGAAAUUGGGAUUGAGGCUACGGACUUAUUCAUACCACUACUAUCAAGGGGCACCAAGCUACUCUUUGGCACACGUGCUCCCACUAAGCAGGAACUUGAAACGUGCCAUCAUAUUGAGCUCACAAGUAAAGUGCCAUGGGAGCCGUCAACUGUGCAACUUGGGAAACUCUCAAUGCGACAAAAUACUCCUUUUGAAGAUCCACGAUCAAAUGAAUCUGAAAUGCGCAGUUUAGAUCCUGUGCAACACAACUUACAACAAUGGCGUGUUGUACAACAAAUCAAGGCAACUGCUAAUAGGUUUCAAGAUGUUCCAGUCCGGCCAUCAUUUGUAUCAACUGAACGGCACUCCAAAGUCACCGCAGAGAAUCUUUCUGAUCGCUUGGGAAUCAGCAUUGCUCGAGCAAGAGCUACAUUAAACGCAACCCUGCAACGUGGAACCAGAUCAGCUAUUAUGCCACUUGCAAGGCAAUAUCGAGCCGCUCGGAUGUUUGAACGUCCACGAUUGAAGGGAAAAUUUUCUACUGAUACUGCCUACUUCAAACAAACUUCUCUUCGCGGUAACAUUGCCAGCCAGGUAUACUUUCACAAAUAUGGGUUUUACAGUUGUCACCACUUGCAGAAAGUUAAUGAUGCACAGGUUGGACCAACCUUGAACAAGUUCCUUUCCAAAUAUGGUUUACCGGAGCACCUUACUAUGGAUGGUGCACCUGUCCAGAUUGGUCGGAAAACUACAUUUAUGGAUACAAUUCGUCGAUGCAAUAUCGACCAUCACAUUUCCAAACCUUACACUCCAAAAGAAAACCCGGCGGAAGGUGGGAUUCGAGAGUUAAAACGGAGGUAUUAUCGAUUGAUCAUCAAACAACGCCUUUGGGACUUUGUCUUGGACUACGUGGUUGACACAAUAAAUGUUACUGUCAAUUAUUCAAAGUACUCUGAUGGUAGGGUACCUUUAGAAAUUAUAACUGGAAUCACGCCAGAAAUCACUGAAUAUCUGGAUUUCACGAUAUAUGGUUGGGUGUUCUUUCGCAGCGAUGGCGGCUUGGGAGGCAACCACAUUGGACGAUGGCUUGGAGUUUCGCACCGUGUGGGACCCAUGAUGACAUAUUGGGUUCUCCCAAAGAGCGGUAUCCCCAUUUCUGUAGAUACUGUCCAAAUGGUAACCAACGCUGAACAGCUAACUGAUUCCGUCAUACAACAGAUGCAACGUUGGACAGCUGAUGUGUCUAAGAUAGUUGAUGCUAAAUCUACUUACAUCAACUGGGGGAAGGAAGACAUUCCUCAUCAAAUGAUGUUCGAUUUUGACGACGAGGAUGAUAAAUUUAUGCGCAACUUUGGUAUGCUCAUCAACCCAGAGACACUGGAAGAUGGCGACUUUGAGGGGACGGAAGAAGCUGCAGAUGACCUUGAUGCUCAAGAUUAUACCAAUAUGGAGAUUGGUUUACAACAAGGCGCAGAAGGCGAACUCCAAAGGGCAAAGGUGAAACAACGGAUAGUGGAUGAAAAUGGAAGACCAAUUGGCGCCGCUAGCUCCAACCAAUUGCUUGACACAAGACAAUAUGAAGUGGAGUAUGCAGAUGGCGGUACUAAAAUAUUCGCAGCCAAUAUACUUGCUGAGAAUUUGCUUGCACAGGUCAACGAACACGGACAUAAGCACCGACUGAUGGAGGAGAUUUCGGACCACCGUAAAAACGCCAAGGCAAUCACAAAAAGUGCAGGAUCGAUGCUCCUCCCUAGUGGGCGGACUUGA